AAACAAGUGCUCCAUCCUCCUCCUCUAUCAGCUUCCCACACCCUUCUCUCCUCUUCCUCUUCCUCUUCCUCUUCCUAUAUUAUAUAAACUCACCUCCAUCACCCACUUGGGAUCUGCCUCUUGUUUCCUGCAUCGCAGCCCCUCUCUGUUUCUCUCCCUAUCUCUCUCUCUUCCUUGUCAGAUUGUUUCUGAAGAAGACUUUAGAUUCUGUCCACCACCAACUGUCUUCCACCUUGAGCUCCUUCUUCUGCUUCGUCUUCGGUGCCCAUUGUUGAUGGAUAAGAAGAGGAGCCAUUCUUUUGUCUGAUGUUUUGAUAAGAGAGUGAUUGAAAAUCCAGCGGAUGAUGAUGAGGUCUGCCUCUAUGGCUCCUCCUUUUCAUUUUCUUGGUUUUUGUUUUUGUUUUGAUUCUCGACCUUGACCCAGUGAUUGCUUGAUUGUUGGGGAUCCGAUUUCCAUCUGUUUUUCGUACCAGAGAGUGAGUCCAGAUUGUGUUCCUCUAAGCAAUGGCAAGAAACCCAGCAGCAUAAGAGCUAUACCAAAAGAAGACAUGAUGACAGAGAACAGCACCAAUACAACAACCAGCACAGUCUCUUCACUGGAAUCCAAACCCUUCAGAUUCAGAGACCCAAGUCCCCUCUCCCAAUUCGGAGGCGUACCACCCACUUCUCCAAGCCCCGAAAACCGCCCCACUCACAGCAGCAGCCCCGGCCGCACUCCCAGCCCCAGCCGCGCCGGCUCCGGUGGCGACGUGCUGCUCCAGUGGGGCCAGAGAAAGAGGUCCCGGGUCUCGAGAACCGAGAUCCGGGUCUUGGCUGAUGAGUCCUCCUCAUCAGCCCAAGCAAGACAAGCCAAAGUGCAAAGGAGAGCGGCUCACGCUGCAGCCGUGGCAGCUGACAAGUCCAUGCCUCCGCCGCCUCCUCCUCCGCCACCGCACCCAUCUUCCACCACCUCAACGUCGUCGUUUUCCAAUGGUAGACUCCGGAAGGAAGCCUCAGGGUUGCUUCCAAACAGGAAUUUGGAAGAUCGAUCCGCUGUGGUUAAUGGGUCACCCUCUAGAAGCACUGUGGUCGGGAACGGCCGUGCUGCUUCUAGAUCUAUAGCGGGCAAAAGGUCUCCUCCCCCAGAGAAAAGUGAGAGAAAGAUGCCUUCUUGUUCUGGAAGGUCAGCAAAAGAUGACAAGGCAAAUGGGUCAUCUGAUCACCGGGCAAACCAUGUCGAUUCGACCUCAUUACAAUCGGAGCAAUUAGCUGGAGCUGCUAACCAUUCUGCUGCACUAGCAGCUGAAAAACUGAACCAUGAAGUGGUCGAGUGGCCAAGAAUUUACUUGGCUUUGUCAAGGAAGGAGAAAGAAGAUGAUUUCCUUGCAAUGAAAGGCACGAAGCUGCCUCAGAGACCCAAGAAGAGGGCCAAGAACGUUGACAGAACCCUUCAGUAUUGUUUCCCAGGGAUGUGGCUAUCUGACUUGACAAGGAAUCGCUAUGAGGUCAGGGAGAAGAAAUGUGUGAAGAAGCAGAAGCGAAGGGGACUGAAAGGGAUGGAGAGCGUGGAAAGCGAAUCCGAGUAGCAGUAAUACUUCCCCAAUCAAUUUUUAUAUUCAUGUAAACAAAAAUUUGUGGGAAAUGAUUUAAAAAAGAGAAGAAGAAGGUGUGAGAGAGACAGAGACCUAUCCGAGCACCACCCACCAGGGACAGAGACCCUUUUUGUAGUCCACCUGCCCUUCUUUUGUACGACAAUGUGUCUUCCCCCUCUUUGGUGAUCUAUGAGUUUUGUACAGUGGACGACAUGUCGCUAAUGAUAUGUCAGCCAACGACAAGUAGUAGAGUUUCUUUCUAAAUUA